CUCUAAAUAAAAAAAUUCCAUGAACGACAGCAAUAAUACAAAUCAAGGAAUGGAGGCCUAUAGUGACUCUGUACAAAAUACCCUAGUGAUCAAUGAUUUAGCAGACAUUGGUAGUACUGUGCCAUCUCCAACCAGCUCUGUCAAAGAAAAUGGGUACACCCCUACCUUUGACGAUGCAGCAUGUGCCAAAACUGAAAAGCCGAACCAUGAAUACCAGCGUAGCUGCAACGAUCCCGAAUUCGGAGCCAACGAACCAUCUAUUGCUACUGUCUUUGAGGAGACUGACGGUGGCUACGGUUGGCUCGUGAUUCUCGGGACAUUCAUGGUUCAGGUCACAAGUUUUGGCCCGGCUGCAUGCUGGGGUAUUAUGCAGGACCAUUAUGAUGUAACCAUGUUCCGAGAUACAGUUGCCAAUUCCCAAUUCCAAUUGAGUUUUGUUGGUACAUUACUAGAGAUCUGUGUAAAUUUGAUGGGUCCUCUGGCACAAUUGAUUGUCGCAAGGUUCGGUACAAGGACGGUUUUGGUCUUGGGUACCAUUAUGGCCACUUUGGGCCUUGAACUAGCUGGAUUCAGUACUCAGAUUUGGCAUCUUUAUUUAACUCAGGGUAUUUUAUUUGGCUCUGGUGCUUCUUUCCUCUAUGUUACUGCCAUGGGAGUAGCCCCACUUUGGUUUAAUAAAAGAAGAGGACUAGCUUUAGGUUUAGCCUCAGGUGGAUCUGGUAUUGGAGGAUUGGUUUUACCAUUUGUCAUUACACCUAUCAAUAAGAAUUUAGGCGCCCCAUGGACCUACCGAAUUUUAGGUUUUAUUUGCCUUGCUUGUAAUAUCAUUGCCUGUAUUUUUGUCAAAGCUAAGAACCCUGCUAAAAAAAUGAAGGGAGGAAAAUCUUUGAGGUCCAUCUUCCAAAUGGAUGUUCUUAAAGAUAAAAACUUUUUGUUAUGGUGCUUUGCCUCGAUCAUUGGCCUUAGUGGCUACUUCAUUCCUUAUUUUUUUGUCCCAGCUUACGCAACCAGUAUCGGUCUUACGGCUAGUCAAGGUUCUACGUUAAUUGCCGUUAUGUCCGCAUCCAAUUUUAUUGGUCGAAUUAUGGUUGGUUAUAUCGGUGACCGUAUUGGCAGAUUGAACUCCAAUAUCAUUUUCACUUUCGGAAGCUCUUUUAGUACGCUAUUUGUUUGGACAUUUGCAAAUGGUUUUGGAGCUCUUAUUGCCUACUCCGUUUUGUUUGGUUUCUUUUGUGGUGCCUAUUUUGCUAUGAUGACACCUAUUACAGCUGCUAUUUUAAAACCGGAACAGUAUUCCACUGGUGUAUCCAUGCUUUUACUUUUCAACGUAAUUGCUAUUUUCGGUAUUACAGUAGCUAGUGCAAUUGAAGCUGCAGUCGAUGCAGAACCAUACCUUACUUACAAGAUGUUUACCGGUGUUGUCUAUCUUGUCAGUGCCAUUCUUUUAGUUGUGCUUAAAGUACGAUUGACAAAAGGAUUUUUUACUAGAAUUUAAAAAAAAAAUCAGAUAAUAAAAACUUUAGAAUAUACAGAA